AUGGCGCAUUACCGGCGCCGCGGCUGCCUGCGCCGUGCCCUCACCAUCGCCGGCGGUGUGUCGGCCGGCCUCCUCCUGCUCGCCGGCGGCCAUACCUACGCCCACGGCCAGCUCUUCUCGCCGGGCUUGCUGCCCCUCGGCCUCGGCGCCGACCGCUCGCCGUCCUUCGCCCCGCCGCCCUUCGCUCUCUCGCCGCUGCCGCCCUACCUCCUCUCAGACUCGGAGGCCGACGCCUCGCCCCCGCAGCCGGAAGCCAACCUCCCGCGGCGCCUUCUGCCCCUCCACCGCACGCCGCCGCCGCCGCCGCCCUCACCCUUCCUGGGCUUGGACUCGGAGGCCGAUCGCUCGCACGACGACGCGGACGCAGUCUUGCUCCCGGACUGGGAGGUUCUUGUCCUGACUGACGCUGAGCCUGGCGCCAAGGCGACGUGCGCCUUCCAGGGUGGAGCGUCGUCCCCGGCGAGCGCGCUCGGGAGGCUGCCGGGGACGGGCCGCCACGCCUACAUCUGCCCAAUGCGUGAGCCUGCCCGGAGCCUCCAGCCGCUCCAAGCGCCCGUGCUGCUCCCGACCUCGGCUUCCUCUGCCGAUUGCCCUGGCCGCGCAUUGCUGAACUGGACCGGCCGGAUCGCGUUCAGCUCUGCAACACUCGACAGUGGCGAUGUUCUUGUCUUUGCAAAGGGCGUCAACCAUGUUGCUGGCGGUGUCCAAUGCCUGUAUCGCUACUGCGGCGAGACCCAUGCCGUGGUGGCCUCCUUCCCGGCCAUCACGUCCGUACAGCAGGUUACCCGGUGCCCCGCUCCACCGAUCCAUCUGAACUCUAGGAACACAGAGUUCCGUGUCACCGUGGCAGCCACGGGCGAGGAUCCAAUCCCGACACUCGUGACUUAUCGUCCCCGGCAGAGUGAAAGUGGCUCGCUGGUGGCACCGGAAAAGAACCUGAUUUGUGCAUGCACCAUGAUCCACAACGUCUCAAAGUUUCUUCGCGAAUGGGUGCUGUAUCAUGCCGCUAUCGGGGUGGACCACUUCAUCCUGUAUGACAAUGGAAGUAAGGAUGACUUGGCAGAUCAAGUCGCUCAGUUGAGGUCCGCUGGAAUCAAAAUCUCUACCGUGCCUUGGCCAUGGAUCAAAAUGCAGGAAGCCGGCUUCUCCCAUUGUGCUGCAACGCACCAGAGCUCUUGCAGGUGGAUGGCCUUUAUUGACGUCGACGAGUUCGUUUUUUCGCCCAACUGGGAACGAUCUGAGAAACCGUCAAAAUCGAUGCUUGAAGAGAUUGUUCAGGUUGAUCCAGAUGUCGGGCAGGUAUAUCUGUGGUGCUUUGAUUUUGGCCCCUCUGGCCAAACAUCACACCCACAGGAGGGUGUCAUCCAAGGAUACACAUGCCGUCUGAAGAGGUUUCUACGGCACAAAUCGCUGGUUCUGCUUGCUGCAGUGGACCAUUCUUUGGAGAAUGCAAUUCACCACUUCACACUGAAGGCUGGUUUCAAAAGUAUACGGAGCAUGCAGGCACGUGUGAACCAUUAUAAGUACCAGGCGUGGACCGAGUUCAAGCAUAAGUUCAAACGACGAGUGUCCGCCUACGUGGCUGACUGGAGAGAUCCAAUCAACCUUGAGUCCGCUGACCGGGCCCCCGGCUUAGGUGUUGAUGGAGUCGAACCGGUUGAUUGGGCUCAAAGGUAUUGCGACAUCAAGGAUAACCUGCUUCAGAAAUUGAGCUCAAGAUGGUUCGGUAACGGAUUGGGAAGUCCGGGAUCUCAGGAUACUUAG